AUGGGGAUGGUCAAAGUGACAGCAUACACCAAGAUCGUCGAGGCACUCAAUCAAGUCAUAUGCCGCCUCGAGAUCCACUCUGCCAUGAAAGCAGAAAACACGAGGAAGGAGUCCAUGAAUGAGGUGCAGAAUAUGUUCAAAUUCUUUGAAGACAUGAAGAAGGAGAAUGAAAAUUUCUUCUAUGACUACAAGGUUGAUGACGAAAACAGACUGGAAAAUGUUUUCUGGUCUAAUGCUAGCUCGAGGGCAGCAUAUGCAGAUUUUGGAGAUUGCAUAACUUUCGAUACUACUUACAAGUCGAACAAGCACCACUUGCCCCUUGCAGUAUUUGUCGGCGUAAACAACCACUUGCAGUCAACAAUCUUUGGUGUUGCGUUGAUGGGAAACGAGUCAGAGGAGUCCUUCAAAUGGGUAUUCAGCAGAUUCCUUGAAUGCAUGGGCGGUAAACAACCAAUCUGCAUACUUACAGAUCAAUGCCCAGCAAUGGCAAAAGCAAUACCUAAAAUUUUCAAACGGACUCUACAUAAGUUCUGUAGAUGGCACAUAAUGAACAAGCAUAAGGACCCGCUGAAGAAGCUUUAUAAACUAUUCCCUGACUUGAAGGAUAAGCUGACUGCAAUUUUGAACCAUCCCCUAAUGCCAUCUGAGUUUGAAGAUGCGUGGAAGGCUUUGAUUGAAGAGUACAAUCUGCAUGAUAUAAAUGUCAUGAUUAACUUAUGGGCUGAAAGGAAAUUGUGGAUAUCAGCUUACUGGAAGGAAGUUUUCUGUGCACGCAUGACUUCAACACAGAGAAGCGAGAGCAUGAACUUUGUGCUGAAAAGGGGUUUUGUCACUGAACGAGACAACCUACACAUUUUUGCUAAGCAAGUUAACAACUGCAUACAGGCAAGGCAUGAAGCAGAGAAUGCAGAGGCAAAUGCAUCAACGGGCUCAAGGAAAACAGUCACCAGGUAUGGCUUCGAGGCACAGGUGAUGGAUAAGUACACACGGGCAGUGUACUCAGUUUUCCGGGAGCGGCAAUAUCACAGCACUGACUUUCCGCAUUAA